GAGACUUUAUUAAAAACAAGAAGGACACCAUCGUUCACGUUAGAGAAGAAAUCAUCGGUAUUUUUAUGAUUGAGGCAUUGCAUCGUUUAUGAGUCACAAUCAGCUGGACAUAUAUUUCCAGGAUGAGCUAUGAAACGUUCCCUGCGAAUCCCCACAACGAGGCGUCUUACAAUCAAUCCAACCUCCCUCCAAGGUACCAGAGACCCCCUCCCUGGAUUCCUCCAAAAGAAAGGGUUGGGCACCCAGACUACGACAACAACCUCUCCAAGUUUCUCCUUCGUUCUGUUAAAUUCCGAAGAUCAAAGUCCAACGAACAGUUGGGGUUCAGUAUACGAGGCGGAGCCGACUAUGGGUGCAGGAUAUACAUAUCUGGGGUGAUCCCAGAUUCAGUGGCUUACAGAGUUGGUAUGAAGCCAGGAGAUCUCAUUCUUAGUAUCAACGGCAUCGACUUCUCUAAUGUAACAUAUGAUGAGGCAAUCAAGGUCUUGAAGAAUCUUGAUGAAGUAGAGGCAAGACUGAAAUAUUGUCCUUAUGGAUAUUACAAGACUUAUGAGAAAACGGGGGAAGCCCCACCUAUUGAGGAACAUUGAUAUACGACACCUUGCCUUAUACUUUAUCGAGUUGAACGUGACUCACAACAAAACCAUUUAUGACUAUCACCACUGAAAUUACUUUUAGAUAUUGUCUCAGUGUUCAUUGCAUUUUUUUAUAGUUUAUGUAGAGGUGACACUGUCUACUUGCUAUACAGAGUCCGUAUAUUCGAUAUAAGUUUGUUUUGGCACAAGUUAAAAGCAGGUUAAUGGGAGUUAUUUUUUUCACAUUUGAGGACUAAAAAGGUGAAUGGUUGUAAAUAAAUGACAGCUAGAUUGUUUAUGGUCAAACAAUGUAAUCACUGCAAUAUUGAUUUUGAAGUGCAUUAUUUUCUUUGAUUUAUUUCAUUUUUUUUUUUUUUUUUUAAUACUUAUUUAUUCAUUUUUCAUUUUUAUUCUAUUUAUUUAGUUUUUGCAUUUUAUUUGUUUAUAUUUUAUUAUUUUUUAAUUAAUUUAUUUAUCAAUAUUUAUUCAUCUAUUUAUUCAUUUGUUUAUUUAUCUAUCUAUUUCAUUUGAUUUUACUAUUUUAUUAUCUUUUUUUUGGGGGGCAUGACCAUUGUUCAAAUAUAUAGAUGAAUUAGUGUUCAGACUGUCAAAAUUUUCUAUUUAUAUACAGUACUAUAGAUUAAGUAUCUCUUCAUUAUAUUUGGGACAGAGUUAUUGUUGGAGACCCAUUCUAUAAAUAGAUAUUUUGAAUUCUGUCAGGGUGCUGUGUUUACUGCUUUUGUAUGUCAACUUUAGAUAAUUACUAACAUACUUCCCCCUAUUGAUGGCCAAUAUUUGUCACAAUAACUCCGAUAAUGAUAGUUUUCAGGAGUAUCUCUUUGUGUCUGCCUACCCUAGGAGCUUGAAGUAGGCAAUAUGUAUUUAGGUUGACUGGUCAUUUGUUUUCACGUAUUUGUCUGUUCUGUGGUAACUAACUCAAAAAAUAUGUGAUUGAUCAACUUCGAACAUGGCACAUUUAUGCAGAAUAAGUGACAAUCUCGCUGGCCGGGGUGACUACAACCCCCUCGGGGCCUGGGCCGUCGACUGUGUGAUCAUGCGGGAACUCAGCACUUGUGCCGUUGCAUUAUUGACUUUUUUUAAAAAUUCUGUAUAAAGUUCACUGAUUACGUUGAUUAUUUAUACAUACAUGUAACUUAAGCCUGAAAUCAGAAUGAAGAAAUACAGGUCCAAUUUGAUAUUAGGUCUAGUGGCCUUAUCAAAUUUACAAUUAAAAAAAUUAUUAUAUAAAAAAUUAUUUUUCAUUUAUUGUAUGGUGUUAUUAAAUUUUGAUAUAUUUUUGAAAUAUUUUUUUAUUGAGGAUUGUUGGAAGUAUUCUGAUCAUAAACACAUGAAAUUAAUUGAUUUUAAUCAGUGAUAGUAAAAAUAAUUAUGAAUUUUGGUUUAGAAACAAAUUUGCAUUUGAUUUAGACAUGAAAUAAUAUCUGCUAAAAUAGAAUUAUUUAUAGUAAUAUGAUAAAGAGAUACCCUCUGCCUAACAUUUUUAUGAGUAUGUAAAAAAUACAUUGCUUUGGUAAAUGUUUCAUAUAUUUUUGUAUUGUCCUUUUUAUGUGUAAAUUAUUGAAUUCUACUUAUUUUAAUUUCAAUUGUAUGUACAUUUUUUACAGCACAUAUGUAUGAAUUAUUCAGAACGAAGGUUAUAUAGUAUGAAGUAUGCAAUUCAUUUAUGUGAUUUCCAAUUAUGAAGAGUUAUGAAGCACUUGUGGUAACUAAAGCAUCCAAAAGCUAACACACUUGAGAAAGACAAUCCAUAUUUCUCGCUCUAUCCCCAUGUUUUUCAUCAUAUUCAAUUGGUCUACUUCUGAGGAAAUCUAAUACCACAGGGGCUGAACCCAUUUAGUCUACACUCAAUUUGGUCUAAUUGCCAUUUGGUCUACACUAUACUUGGGCUUAUACCCAUUUUAAUAUAAUUCUCAUUUAGUCUAAUGCCCUCAUCUGAUCUAACUUCCACUUUGUCGACUGAUUGCUGCACCCUUUGUCAAAUGAACAUUUGAUUCAUGAAAAAGUUCAUCUUACCAUACAGACUGUGUGUUGUUGGAUCAAAUGGAUAUUGGUCCAAGUGGGUAUAGCCUAACUGGAAAUUAGACAAGAUAGUGAAUGGGCUAUAUGGCAGUUAGACCAAAUGGAAAGUAGACAAAUUGGGUGUAGACCAAUUGGUAAAUUAUCAUAUUAAUAGGUGUCCGAGAUGGCCACUUUCUUAAUUCUCGGAUUAAAUAUGCCCAUUUGUAGCGGUAUUCAAUUUGAUGAGUAUAUUCAGAUAAAGCUUAUUCAAACAAAAUCUGAAACCCUAAGUGAUUGCUUGACAUAGCAACACUCAAUUCGUACAAAUUGGUUAUAAAAAACCAAGCUCUGUCGAUUGUAAAAAGAGAGGAUAAGAAUUGUUUGUUCCAAGGUGCUCAUAGCUGGAAGGUGCAUGCAUAGAUUGGAAAUUUAUUGUUAAAUAUGUUCAUUCGUUAGGAAUGUAUUUUGGAAAUAAUUGUCUGUGAAGCUCAUACACUCUAGUUCCCUUUUUAUUCAGAGUUAUAUAUUUUCAUGUCACAGAGGAUUUUGAACUUCUGUAUUUUCAUAUUUUUCUUUAAUUCUAUGUUUUUCCUGAUUUAAAAUGUUGAAAACCAAUCAUUAGAGCUGAAAUCAGCAGAUUAAAAGAUUUUGUUUACUCUGUCCACUUUUUCUUGAUCUAUUCAGCAUGUUUUACUUCUGAGAAUUCAAUCAAUAUUCUCAAGCUAAAAAACUAUAUUAUACAAAUUGAACUGUGCAACAAUGAAAUGAACAAUAUGUAACUUGCAGCCAAGGAAAUAUGUAUUCUGUCCAAUUUAGUAAUAAAAUUGCAUACGUGCAUGUACAUGUAUUCGUAUUUAUUCAAAAAUCA